CGGACAGACGGAAGAUCCGAGAGCCAGCCCCGGGGCCACGCAGCGAGCGAGAUGCCGGGGUCGCCGGCAUUGCCGCUAUUGCUGCUACUGUCCCUGGUCGCCGGCAGAGCUGGGGCCGCGCCACUUCCGCAAACAGGUGCAGGGGAAGUGCCUGCUGCAGAAAUUUCCUUAUCCUUCGUGAUCCCCUCUGUGUGCAGUUUAAUGCUCCUAAUAGUGUUAAUUGCCAACUGCGUAUCCUGCUGUAAGGAGCCAGAAAUAGACUUCAAGGAGUUUGAAGACAACUUUGACGAUGAGAUUGAUUUCACACCACCAGCAGAAGACACUCCGUCUGUUCAGUCCCCAGCAGAAGUCUUCACACUCUCCGUACCAAAUAUUUCACUCCCAGCUCCAUCCCAGUUCCAGCCUUCUGUAGAAGGUCUGAAGUCUCAAGUCGCACGCCACAGCCUGAACUACAUCCAGGAAAUUGGAAAUGGCUGGUUUGGAAAGGUGCUCCUAGGGGAGAUUUACACAGGUACAAGUGUAGCCAGAGUGAUUGUGAAGGAGUUAAAAGCCAGUGCCAGCCCAAAAGAACAAGAUACCUUUCUGAAAAAUGGAGAACCUUACUAUAUUCUUCAGCAUCCAAAUAUUCUUCAGUGUGUUGGACAAUGUGUCGAAGCAAUUCCUUAUCUUUUGGUGUUUGAGUUCUGUGACUUGGGCGAUCUGAAAGCGUACCUGCGCAACGAGCAAGAGCACGUGCGAGGGGACUCGCAGACCAUGCUGCUGCAGAGGAUGGCAUGUGAGAUCGCAGCAGGGCUGGCUGCCAUGCACAAGCUGCACUUCCUGCACAGUGACUUAGCGCUGCGGAAUUGUUUCCUUACCUCUGACUUAAAUGUCAAAGUGGGAGACUACGGCAUCGGAUUCAGCAGAUACAAGGAGGACUAUAUUGAAACCGAUGACAAGAAAGUGUUCCCUCUGCGGUGGACUGCGCCGGAAUUAGUCACCAGCUUUCAAGACCGAUUACUAACUGCAGAUCAAACUAAGUACAGUAAUAUCUGGUCCUUGGGUGUGACGCUCUGGGAGCUUUUUGACAGUGCUGCUCAGCCCUAUUCACACCUUUCCAACGCUGAUGUCCUCCACCAAGUCAUCCGUGAGCGAGAGACAAAGCUCCCGAAGCCACAGUUGGAACAGCCCUACUCUGACAGAUGGUAUGAAGUUUUACAGUUCUGCUGGCUGUCACCAGACAAGAGACCGGCAGCAGAAGAUGUCCACAGACUGCUGACCUACCUGCGGAUGCAAAGCCAGAGGGACUCAGAGGUCGACUUCGAACAGCAGUGGAACGCACUGAAACCAAACACAAGCAGCCGGGAUGCUUCCAGCAGCGCUGCGUUCCCCAUUCUCGACCACUUCACCAGGGACCGACUUGGCCGUGAAAUGGAAGAAGUCCUCACGGUGACAGAAACGAGCCAGGGUCUUAGCUUUGAGUACGUCUGGGAGGCGGCAAAGCGUGACCACUUUGACGAGCACAGCCGCAUAGGCCCCGAGGAUGCCUUGUCCUACACCAGCAUCUUCUUCCCAGUGGAGGUCUUUGAGAGCUCGCUGUCGGAUCCCGGGCCUGGCAAGCCAGCCGAGAGUGGCCAGGAUGUCCCACUCAGGGCCCCAGGAGUGGUCCCCGUGUUUGACGCCCACAACCUCUCGGUGGGAAGUGACUACUACAUUCAGCUUGAAGAAAAAAGUGGCAGCAACUUGGAGCUCGACUACCCAGUGGCUCUGCUUACAACCGAGGUGUCUCAGCCUGAGAGGGUGAGUGAUGACACAUCCCAGUUUGUGGCCCUCCAGAAUCUUGAAUUCGAGGAGUCCAGCACCGAGGAGGAGUUCUUCCAAACCAGUACUGACCCCAGGGAUUCCAGCAUACCCGAGGAUCUGCAUGUGACCAGUGGGCCCGAGAGCCCUUUCAACAAUAUCUUCAAUGAUCUGGACAAAUCAGAGGAGCUGCCCAGUCAUCAAAAAAUGUUUGACUUGAUGGAACUAAAUGGAGUGCAAUCGGACUUCAAGACAGCCACUCUGCAUUCAGGCUCAGAUGAGCCGGGAGCAUCUGUAAUUCCCUGCCCCUUUGACAAAGAAAAUUCCCAGAAGCUUUUUAACUAUGAUCCUCUUUGCUUAUCCGAAAGCCAAGGUCAUUUUGAUCCACUGAGUGUUCAAGAAUUGUCAGAAAACUUUUUAUUUCUUCAAGAGAAGAACUUGUUAAAAGACUCAUUGUCCAGUAAAGAGCAUAUAAAUGACCUUCAAACAGAGCUCAGAAAUGCUGGUUUUAUUGAAACCAUAUUGGAGGCUUCACCCAGACACUCUUUAGAGCAUGAACUGAAGUUUGCUGAUGGUCAGCUUGGCUUGUCUGAGUUACAGGAAGAUGUCAGGGCUAAGGGUGAAGACCUGGGAGUUACACUGGCGGGCGACAGUCUAAGCAUGUCAUUGCCCUCUUCUCCAGAGGCACAGCGACCUUCGACCUCACUCAAAGCAGAAGCCCAGAUGCCUAGCCGUGAGCCCUCAGAAGCACCCCUGAGUCAGGCUACGGGCCCAGCUGUCAUUGUGCAUGUAGAGGGUCCCUGCCGAGCAGUGGCUUUGGACUCCAGGGCUGCCCCUGCUGUCAGUCUCUCCACUGAUAACAGAAUCCAGCGUGACGGGACGCAGGACUUGACUGGACCAUGUGAGGAGACCUCGAGACUCAGCCACAGCAACUCUGGGGGUCUCGGUGACACCUUUGCAAGAAGGACGAGCUCAGGUACUCAUCUCCCAGAAUUGAGACAGAACUUGGAAGACCCGCCACUACCAGACAUCCAACACGGGGGAGGCUUGCUGGAGAGGAGUGUAGAGGCCACGGAGCCUGUCAGUCAGGUGGGCCUGGUGUCUGCCUUGUCCUCAGACUCCACCAGCCAGGACAGCCUUUUAGAAGACAGCUUGUCCACACAGGUAGCGACGUCGGAGCAGUCUGCGGAGACCCCAGACUCCCUGGAUUCCGUGGACGUACACGAAGUCCUCGACUCUCUGGGUUCUCGCUCGCCUCAGAAGCUCCAGCCCCCUGACAAGCCUGCUGACAGCGGCUAUGAAACUGAGAACUUGGAGUCUCCUGAGUGGACCCUGCACCCCGGUCCUGACAGCACCACCGAUGCCGACUCCGCCACACUGGGUGACGACAGUUGUAGAGGUUUGCCUCCCAACCCUGUCAUCGUCAUCUCCGAUGCCGGUGACAGCCACCGUGGCAUUGAGGUGACCACACAGGCCUCGGCGUCCGGCUCCCAGAGCUCAUACCGAGACUCAGCCUACUUCUCCGACAACGACUCCGAGCCUGAGAAGAAAACUGAAGAGGUCCCUGGAAUACCAGCAGCGGCGUCAGGGUCCCUGCCUGAACCUGUCCCCCCAGAGCAGAGCCUUGGUGCCGAGGACCAUUGCCUGGAAGCCCAGCAGGACCAGGCGGAUCUGAGCCAUCUGCUGUCGGCCCCAGGGAACUCCGGACCCCUGGAGCCAAGAGAGUCCUGGGGGCUGGUGCAUAUCUCCAGUCAGACACCACCCCUUAAAGACGAGGCUGGAAGCCCCUGGAGUUUGCUGAAUUCAGACCUGGGCGGCAGCAGUGACGACCUUGAGAUGCAGGAAGACCGUCCCUGCACCCACACUUCCACUGGCACCAACACUAACGAGCUCCUCGCCUACACAAAUGCCACACUUCAGCCUGGUGGCCCUGCAGAACUGCUGGUGGACAGGUCCCUCUCUGGCCACUCGGAGGGUCCCAAGCUAAAGGAGCCAGACAUGGAGGGGAAGUACCUGGGGAAGCUCAGUGUCUCGGGCAUGCUCGACCUCUGUGAGGACGGUGUGGAUGCCGACGAGGAGGACGAGAACAGCGACGACUCGGACGACGACCUGAGGGCCUUCAGCCUCCACAGCCUCAGCUCCGAGUCGGACGACGAGACGGAGCACCCUGUGCCCGUGGUCCUCAGCAACAGCGAGGACAGCAGACACCUGCGCAGCUUGUUGAAGCCGGCUGCUCCCGUGGCUGUGGAUCCACGCCCAGACGAGGCCUGGAGAAAGGAGAAGAAGGCAGUGACGUUCUUCGAUGAUGUCACCGUCUAUCUGUUUGAUCAGGAGACCCCGACCAAGGAGCUGGGGCCCAGCGGAGGCGCCACACACGAGCCCGAGCUGAGCGGCUCAGCUCCUGCUUCCAGCUCCCUUUACCUGAGCAGGUGCACCAACUCAGAGAGCUCAACUGAUGAAGAAGGCAGCGGCUUUGAAUGGGAUGACGACUUCUCCCUGGACCCUUUCGUGUCCAAGACGGCGAGCAGCCUACUGGGCUCCAAGCCUUCCCUACAGACGCUGAAGUACUUCUCUCCGCCCCCACCGCCCCGGAGCGCUGAGCAGAGCUGGCCCCAUACGGCGCCCUAUUCCCGGUUCUCCAUCUCGCCCGCCAGCAUCGCAAGCUUUUCCCUCACUCACCUCACGGACUCGGACAUGGAGCAAGGAGGAAGCAGUGAAGAUGGAGAGAAAGAUUAA